ACCCAGAGCUGAAAGCUUGAAGUCUGACCGCACGUUCAGUAUAGUAGUCAAAUGAGAUGUAGACUGUCGCGAGACACUCUCCGAGGUUCAAAAUCAACGUGUUGCACAGCAGGUGGUCGAGUCCAGCUAGGGCGGUCAGGCACUGCUCAAGGCAACCCCCUGAAGCACGGGAAGUGUAGGCCUAUUGAACUUACGUCAAUGCUCCGGUCAAGGUCUCAGAACUGUGGAAAUGAUAAUGGUAGUCAGAACUUCGUUGUCAGUAGGUUUAAAAACAUUCUCCCGUCGAAGAUCAGCAGAUGCGAAUCGAUAUUCUGCUGCUGCCUGAUAAGAAUGCGUACCAUGAUUGAAUCUAUAUCUCAUAACUUCCUGCGACAGCCCUCACCUUGACACUUGCACGUAUGGAAUCACGCUAUUCCGGGCUAAAAUAGCGUAUUCGGAACUCGGUGGCAGGGCCCAAGGUUGGACAAGCAGGGGCCCCUUUCAACCAGUAGCUCAACGUCAAACAACUUCAUUUCCAACAACAAUUCGUAUAUCAAGACGACGUACAUGGAAAACUAUCGUCUCUAAUGAAAUGCUUUGUCAAGUGAUCAUGCUCGACGCCA